UAAAAGAUACGCGAGGGUUUACGGUAAAGGGAGGCGGGACUAAACUUUAACCAGGAAGUUUACAACACCGCUCCAUGUUUACACAUGUUUGCACGUUCACGUGGAGAAGAUUUUCACUAUUAAAAUGUCUUCAAAGAAAAAUAAAAGUAAAUCGAAAAAAGCGAGUGACGGGGAUAGUUCUCUCGUACUGAAGGAGGGCUCAAAUGACUCCUCCAACCUGCAAACAUCCGGCCACGAAGGAGGAAGCUGCAAAAGUUUAAAGAGCAACUCAUUCACUGUCAUAGAUUUCAUUGAAAAAGCUGAUGACAAAACACCUAGAUGCUGCAGAUCAACUUUAGCCCAAAUGAGCCUCAAUUCAAUGAAGUCAGCCAGCGCAUGCAUCGGGAGACCAGUCCUCCUGACGAGUCCCAGAGGACAAGAGGUGUGUUUAGGAUGGCCGGUUGCCUCCUUUCCUGGUGGAAAAGUUGGUCUUCAGAAAUGUGCUCAGAGUAACCUCAGAGUGAAGUCUGGGGAUGAGGUGAUGCUGCACCCACUGACAGGUCCAGUGCUCCAGGCUGAGGAGGUGGUUCUCUAUAACAGGUCAAAAGAUGACACACUAGAGACAGAUGAGUUCAAGAACUUCUUUCUGAGGUCUCUGGUUGGGAACAUCAUUUUGCCAGGAAGUGUCAUCUCCCUGACCUACUUUGGCCGGUCAUGCAGUCUGCGGGUCGAGACCAUAAGAGGGGAGGAUGGUGUCACCCUCCACAGACCAGCUCCUCCCCCAGGACUGGGCCCUGACACAGAGGAGUCCACCGUGACGAACUCCGUGCUGGACUCCACGUCAGCCGAACUCUCCCUGCAGCUCAGCUUGCUCACUGUGGAUGACAACAAUGCUGACGGGGCACCGAGCACGCCUGGAGAGCCCGGGCCUGCAGCCAGCACUCCACGCCGACCAACCCAGCUUCCUUCUCUCUCCUCGCCCCCUGCUCCCUGCACCCCUUCCUACAACUCCCAGAAUUCUCCUGCAGGGUCAGCAGAGGAUGCUGUCAGUCUAGAGAGCUCACUUAGCUCAGAGCAAGCAGAGAAAAUCCCCACAGCUCCCCCUGGUGGUGCACUGAAUACUGACACCUUCUACUGCCUCUCCUGCUCUACUAAAGUCAGUUUCAGAGACAGAGCAGAACAGGAGGAUCCAGACGCAGGAGCUCAAAGGUCAAAGGUCACAUACAGAAUGAUUGGUGGGCUCAGCAGCCAGUUGGAUGUCAUCAGAGAGACCAUUGAGCUUCCUCUGAAACACCCCAAGCUGUUCUCCAACUAUGGGAUCCCACCUCCCCGAGGAGUACUUCUGUAUGGUCCCCCGGGCACAGGAAAGACUAUGAUUGGACGAGCCAUAGCCAAUGAGGUUGGAGCUCACAUGACGGUGAUCAACGGCCCAGAGAUCAUGAGCAAAUUCUAUGGUGAAACAGAAGCAAGGCUGAGGCAGAUAUUCACUGAAGCGUCUCAGAGACAACCUGCGAUAAUCUUUAUUGAUGAGCUGGAUGCUUUGUGCCCAAAGCGAGAGGGAGCGCAGAAUGAGGUGGAGAAACGAGUCGUCGCUUCUCUCCUGACUCUGAUGGAUGGGAUCGGUUCAGAGGGUCACUCAGGUCAGCUGUUGGUCUUGGGGGCCACAAACCGGCCACAUGCCCUCGACCCUGCCCUGCGCCGACCUGGGCGCUUUGACAAGGAGCUGGAGGUGGGAGUUCCUGGUGCUGCCGAGCGUGCAGAUAUUUUGCAGAAGCAGCUGAGUUUUGUACCGUGCAGCGCCACCACCGAGGAGCUGGCGCAGCUGGCUGACGCUGCUCACGGAUACGUAGGAGCAGACCUCACAGCUGUUUGUAAAGAAGCAGGUUUGCAUGCACUGAAGCGAGCACUGGGAGGUUCCCACCAACCGUCAGACCAGCAGCUGACCGGGACGGUGACCGUCACUCUGCAGGACCUCCAGUGGGCCAUGUCUGUUGUGAAGCCAAGCGCCAUGAGGGAGGUCGCUAUCGAUGUCCCCAAGGUUCACUGGUCAGAUGUUGGUGGGAUGGAGGAGGUGAAGCUGAAACUGAAGCAGGCUGUGGAGUGGCCUUUGAGGCACCCUGAGGCCUUCACCCGCAUGGGGAUCCAGCCACCUAAAGGAGUACUGCUCUAUGGGCCCCCUGGCUGCUCCAAGACCAUGAUAGCCAAGGCCCUGGCUAAUGAAAGUGGGCUCAACUUCCUGGCUAUUAAAGGUCCAGAACUACUAAGCAAGUAUGUUGGAGAGUCUGAAAGAUCCGUGAGAGAGGUGUUUCGGAAGGCAAGGGCUGUUGCUCCCUCCAUCAUCUUCUUUGAUGAGAUUGACGCUCUCGCCAGUGAAAGAGGAAGCUCCUCGGGCUCCGGCGGUGUAGGCGAUCGGGUUCUGGCUCAGCUCCUGACAGAGAUGGACGGCAUCGAGCAGCUCCGAGACGUCACUGUGCUGGCCGCCACCAACCGGCCCGACAUGAUCGAUAAGGCUCUGAUGCGUCCAGGUCGCCUUGACCGAAUCGUUUAUGUGCCUCUUCCAGAUGCUCCAACCCGACGUGAGAUAUUUUCUCUCCAGUUCCGCAACAUGCCCGUGGCCCAAAAUGUGUCUCUUGAUGACCUUGUGACUCGGACAAACAAGUAUACUGGAGCAGAGAUAACAGCAGUAUGCAGAGAGGCUGCCCUCCUGGCCCUACAAGAGAACAUCAAAGCUCAGCACAUCGAGGCCAGACACUUUGAAAGUGCCCUGAACACCGUGAAGCCCCGGAUCCCAGACUCUCUCAUCCAGUCGUAUAUCAGCUAUCAGCAGCAACACAGUGGCCUGUGCUUCUUCUGACCACGCUGCUAUGGACAAAGUCAAUAUUAUUUUAAAAGAAAAGGUUUUCAACUGCUCCUGUCUGCUGGACAAGUUACCAACAUAUGAUAAGAAACUAACACAACCACCAGCCCAUCUUAAAUGUUGAUUUCUCCUUUGUAGCUGCUGUGCCAAGUUAUGCAGCUGUUGUUCUAUUUUAUACUGUAGCUACUAGAAAAACAAAUGUGGUACUGGUUUGGUUUUUACUAUAGGUUUCAAAGCAACACUCUGUAAACACACCUGUAUGUUGAUAGCUCAGCGGGACAAUGAUGUUUUAUUUUUUGUUUUUGAAAAAGGAGCUGAAGUGUCAUGUUUGAUCAUAUAAAAUAUUAAUGAUGUAAUAUAAUGUAUUAAAUGCAUUAUUUAUGUA